UUCCAGUGUCCGCACUGUGUUUACUUCCGUCAAUAUUUCCAGCAAGCAGCAGAGCAGCGAAGAAGAAGCAGAAGCACUGACAGACGAUACACAACAAAGGAGUCACUUAAGAGCCCAGAGCACAAAGACAAAUCCUGCAUCUUGUUCUCUGCUCACAGUCCCCCCUCCCAGCUAAAAUGCCUUUCUUGGGCAAGGACUGGAGGUCGCCAGGAUGGAGCUGGACAAAGACAGAGCAUGGAUGGAAGAGGAUUAUCUUCUAUGGACACGAGUUGGAAGAUAGCAACAGAGAGAUACACUUGAAAGAGCUCUGCAGUGACAACAAAGAAAAUCUGUUUGUUGGAGAUGUGUGUGAGCUCGCCACCACAAAGAGGAAAAAGGACCUCUACAACAAUAACACCAAAUCCCAGUUUGUUUUCACGGAUAAAUGGAUCUAUGUGCAGAAAGGGAGCACGAAAGAACGACAUGGAUACUGCACGCUUGGUGAAGCCCUAAACCGUCUAGACUUUUCCAGUGCCAUUCAAGACUUAAGAAGAUUUAACUAUGUUGCAAAACUUUUCCAGCUAAUAGCCAGGUCUCAGCUGACCUCUUUGAGUGGAGCUGCACAGAAAAACUAUUUCAAUAUACUGGAGAAGAUUGUACGAAAGGUUCUCGACGACCACUACAACCCGCGACUUGUUAAGGAUUUGCUGCACGACCUGAGCUCGACAUUGCACAGUCUGACCAUCCAUGUUGGCAGGUGUGUCCUCGUGGGCAACGUAAACAUCUGGAUGUGCCGACUGGAGACCAUUCACAAAUGGAAGCAGCAGCUCAACAACCUGCAGAUCCCCAAGCAAAUAUGCAGUGGCAUGUCAUUCAACGAUUUGCCGCUACAUAUGCAGAACAAGAUCCUCUGCGAGUUAUCUGAUGCUUAUGACAUCAUUAACCUUGGGCAGGCCACGCCUACUUUGCACAGCCUCAGUGAGAACAGGAUACUGUGGAAGAAACUCUGCCACUUUCACUUCUCAGACAAACAGUUCUGUAGAAAGUUGGUCCUAUCCAAGAGUGAAAGUGUGGACUGGAAGCUGAUGUACUUCACCCUGAAGAAACAUUAUCCAAUGAGGGAGCAGUACGGCGACACCUUGCACUUCUGCAAACACUGUAGCAUCCUCUUCUGGAAGGAUCGCCACCUCACUUUGUUAUUCAAGGACUGUGGCCAUCCAUGCUCAGCCAACAACCCAGACAGCUGCCUCAUGCCCAUUUCUCCGCAGCACUUUAUUGACCUCUUCAAGUUCUAAAACCUCCGUGUUCUUCAAGCAAAGCGUCCGUUUACUCUUACUUCCAAACCAAGAGUGUGUACGAGACCUCAAUGUCAUAAACUCAAAUACAAAGGGCUUCAACUGAAAGAGAUGACUUUUUUAUGUCUUCAUUUCCUUACGCACAAGUGUUUCUAUAAGGCAUAGGAAAGAUUUAAUGUGGAUGUUUGUAGAUUUUAAGAAUGUUGGUGAUAGGUGAAAUAUUAAAGACCAUUUAUCUUUUUCCUCCUCCUGCAUAAAUGUUUUGUCUUCUUGACAAAAAAUGCUAUUUCUAACAGAGGAAAUAAAAUAAUAAUAUGUAAAUGUAAUGUGAAUAUGUGAAAGAAUUUAUAUGUAAAAUGAGUUGUUGCAUGUUUAUGGUAGGUAGGUGGUGAUAAAUGGUAACACUUUUUAAAUGGCAACAUUUACAGGGUGGCAGGAUAAGAUGCCUCAUGUGUGGGGUUGAACUAUUCUGCCUUUUGCUCCGUUUUGUCCUGGUGGUAUUUCUCUGCAAUAACUGAAUGCAUGUCAUGUUUGAGUCUAUGUUUACUUACUGUAUGUUGUCCUUUGGGAAUUCUUGCUGUGCUCUGUGUACAUUGGAAGUGUCGACCCUAAGAGAAAAUAAUUUCUUUAGCCGUACAAGUUUUUACAAUCGACUUUGUUAGAACUGCCAAGUGACAGACGGAAGAAAUGUUAAACCUUAUUUAUGGGGGGUGGGAGUUUUGUAUCCUUCCUCCAACUUUUGUAAUAUUCAUCUGCUAUCCCAAUACUCUUGAUGGUACUAUUAUGAUAUAUAUGGGACAGGAACUAGUUAUAAAUAAGUAAAUAUUUCUAAAAACCUGCUUCUGUUCUUCAUUUUAUACUGUGAGGCUCAGGGACUUUUGUUAACUGUAUUAAGAUCUUUUUUUAGACUUGACCUAAUUGUAGUUUCUGCUUCUUGGAUUUGGAUAUAAAUGUCUUUGCACCUUAAACAGCAAGGAAAAAUUGUUUGUCAUCGGUCACAGGAGCAAAGUUUCCUGAUUAUUAUUCUUCCUCUUAAUCUCUAGACUGAAUCUUUCUAAAGGCAGUUAAAUGGGAAUAAACAAGAAAUAGAUAACA